GUCUUCUUCUGGUUCUGGGGAGUCGGGUGGAGACCUUAGUUGUAGAAUUGAUCGUCUCACUGCGUCGUCGGACGGGAGUAAUCGCUCCAGUGACACAGAAAGGGAUGAAACUCCAAAGUCAAACGUCUACAGGAACGACUCGGUCUUUGCGGCUGGUGCCGUCGUAAAGCUGCGGAGUAAGGGUUGUCCUGCAGCACCGGUAUCUUCAGAUGAUGAAGACGUACCUCUGCCUGAGCAAGAUGAAGAGGAGAUGGAACCAGAAGGUACAACUUCUACAACGAGGUCUACUAGUGCUAGAACUGGAGGCCGUGGAAGCGGAGUAUUCAAAACGCCAGGUUUGGAUACUUCUAGAGAGCUAGGACAAAGUGGCCAGCUUGCCCUGGAUUCGACCCCUGGAUUCGACCACACAGGAAGAGGCGAGGAUAACUUCUUCACACCCGUAACUGCUGAGGAAAGUCCUCAUUUUCUUCACCAGGAGUUUGAGCCUGACCAUGAGUUUGAGCCUGGAGGUUCUGGUAAGAAUAAUACGAAGCUUCAUGAUGCUGGAACAAGUCACAGAACAAGUCAUAGUCCGGAGGAUUCUGGUAGCUGUAGUUCAACAGUUUUUGAUGAUGAUGGUGAUCAACACGAACAUCAGCUACAACACUUUUCGCAGGGAGAAGAUUCAGAUUCUCAUAGUGGACCGAUGAAGUCUCACCAGCCUCACUCAGAGAGGG